AUGAAGUACACAACUGUCACUCUGGCGGCUUUGGCCUCAUCGGCCCUCGCUGCGCCUUCUGCCACCAUCAAGGAGCAACCCCUCAAGGCCCGCGCUGCCUGUUCUUCCGCCGUCAGCUUGGACGCCAAGACAAACGUCUGGUCCAAGUACACACUGCACCCCAACAACUUCUACCGGGCUGAGAUCCAGGCCGCUGCCGCGGGCAUGACCGGCACUGCCAAGACUCAGGCUCUCAAGGUUGCCGAGGUCGGAUCCUUCGUCUGGGCUGACACCAUCGCCAACAUCCAGCGCCUUGCCCCCGCCAUCGCCGACACCCCUUGCAACCACAUCCUGGGUGUCGUCAUCUACGACCUUCCCGGCCGUGACUGCGCUGCCAAGGCCUCCAACGGAGAGCUCAAGGUCGGCGAGCUUAACAGGUACAAGACGGAGUACAUCGACCCCAUCGUCAAGAUCAUCAAGGCGAACCCGAACACGGCCUUCGCCCUCGUCAUUGAGCCCGACUCCCUGCCUAACCUCGUCACCAACGCCAACUUGGCGACCUGCCAGGCUUCCGCCGCGGGCUACCGCGAUGGUGUCGCCUACGCCCUGAAGAGCCUCAACCUGCCCAACGUCAUCAUGUACAUGGACGCCGGCCACGGCGGUUGGCUCGGCUGGAACGACAACCUCAAGCCCGGUGCCGAGGAGCUCGCCAAGGCUUACAAGGCCGCCGGCAGCCCCUCCCAGCUUCGCGGUAUCGCCACCAACGUUGCUGGCUGGAACUCCUGGGACGCUGAGCCCGGUGAAUUCGCCAACUCCCCCGACGGCCAGUACAACAAGGCCCAGAACGAGAAGAAGUAUGUCACUCUCCUCGGCGCCGCCCUCCAGACCGCCGGCAUGCCCAACCACGCCAUCGUCGACACCGGCCGCAACGGCGUCCAGGGCCUCCGCCAGGAGUGGGGCAACUGGUGCAACGUCAACGGCGCCGGCUUCGGUCUCCGUCCUUCCGCCAGCACCGGCCUCGAGCUCGCCGACGCCUUCGUGUGGGUCAAGCCCGGCGGUGAGUCGGACGGCACCAGCGACUCCAGCGCCGUCCGCUACGACUCCUUCUGCGGAAAGCCCGACGCCUACAAGCCCUCGCCCGAGGCUGGCACCUGGAACCAGGCCUACUUUGAGAUGCUUCUCAAGAACGCCAAGCCUGCUUUCUAA